CUCAACCCCUCCUUCAUCCAACUGCCUCCCCCUUAGAAUCUUCUUCAACCUCUCCUUUUCUCCUUUCUAUAUAUUUCUCUCAAACCCCCCUUCUCCCUCCCAUAACUAAACUUCUCCAUUCAACUCUCACAUUAAUUAUCAAUAACUUCCUUCUUCUUCUUCUUCCUUCUUCCUCUCAAUUCAACUCUCAUACUUCAGUCAUGGGAAAUUACGUUUCAUGCACGCUUUCGACUCCAUUGGCCAGGCAAUCAAGAUCGGUAAAAGUUGUGUUUCCAGGCGGAGAAGUCAAACAAAUCCUAACGCCCACAAAAGCGGCGGAGCUCAUGCUGGAGAUGCCGAACUUCUUCCUUGUAAACUCUCAGUCUCUGAAAAUAGGGCGGAGGUUUUCUCCUCUCAGCGCGGAUGAAGACCUAGAAGCGAGAAACGUGUACGUUAUGUUUCCGAUGAAGAAAGUGAACUCCAAGGUGACGUCCGGGGACAUGGGCACUUUGUUUAUGGCUGCCAAGCGGAGUUCUUCUGGGAAAGUGAGGAUUUCUCCGGCGGAUCAGGGUGGGGAGGUAAUGAAUAAUAAGAUUGAUGAAGAGACGGCGGUACCGAAGCUGAAUUUGGAUGAUGUUGAGGAAUUUUCGAAGCCGGAGUUUAUGCUUAUGCGUAGAUUGUCCAUGUCGAGGUCGAAGAAGCCAUUGUUGGAGACCAUAGCAGAAGAACCCGUUUGCGUACGACGAUGAAUGAAUGAUUUUUGCUUUUGUUUUUGAAAGGGAGAUAUAUAGCAUAGAUUGAUGUAGAAUUAAGGAAAAUUAAUUGUGUGUAUAAAUAAUUAAUGUAUGAUAUAUAUGGAGAAACAAGGUGUUCA